GAGAUGGGCCGGGGAGGAGCUAGCAAGGGGCAGCCCCACUGCGCGGGGCGUCCCAGUCUCGCCAGCCCCACGGGCGCCGUGGGAAGCUUCACUCGAGAAGACAGCGGUUGCUUCGCUGCCUCGCCUCUUGCUUUUCUCUCCCUGCUUUUCUUCCCACCGGUCGCCCCGGCUGUCUGCACGGCUCCUGCUCGGCUGCCGGAGGGAUGCUGGGAGCGGGGCUGGCGCUGGCGCUCUGCGCCCUGCAGCUCUGCCCGGCCGCGCUCGGCGGCUCCAGCCCGCAGCUGCUGGUGGAGCGGAGUGGCUCCCGGAGGCUGAGCAAGGUUGGUGGCUUUUCCUGGGAGAACUGUGGUGACAGGAGGGACCCAGUGCUGCUGCAGAGCCUCUCCGUGGCGCCCGACCCCAUCAGCAUCCCGGGGAGCCUGCGUGUUAGCGCGGCCGUCAGCAGCAGCAAGGCCAUGGCCUCCCCUCUGAAGGCGGUGCUGGUGGUGGAGAAGGCUCUGGGCGACCUCUGGAUCCAGCUGCCCUGCAUUGACCAGCUGGGCAGCUGCACCUACAAUGAUGUCUGCACCAUCCUUGACAACCUCAUCCCACCCGGCACGACCUGCCCGGAGCCCCUGCUCACCUAUGGCAUCCCCUGCCACUGCCCCUUCAAAGCGGGCUCCUACUCCCUUCCAGCCAGCGACUUCGUCCUGCCUGAUGUAGAACUGCCUGCCUGGAUGACCAACGGCAACUACCGUGUCCGGGCGGCUGUCAGCAAUGGCGGGGAGGAGCUUGCCUGCGUCAAGCUGGCCUUCUCCCUGCAGUCCCAGUGAGGAGUGGGGGGAACCUGUCCCUCCUCUCCCCACCACCUUCGUCCCCUGUCCCAUCCCAUCAAGUUGCACCCUGUCCCGUCCCAAGUCCCAACCCGUCCCUGCAAGCUGCAUCCCUCCUGCUGCCAGGAGGAGGCAGCCCCCGUGCCCCUGCUCAGUGCCCCUGUCCCCUGCUUCACAGAGAAAGGUCCCUCCAGCUGUCCCCAACCCCAUCACCAGGGUGUCCCCUGCCCCGGACAGGGUGGCCGUAGAGCUAACCCCUGCCUUUCAGUGAGACCUGGGGGUAGCUAUUUUUUACCUACUUUCUCUUUUUUUUUUCUUAAUCCCAUCCAGGGAAUUUUAGACAAAAACAUUCCAGGGAAAAGCAAUAUUUCUUGAAGCAGUCCGUGGGGUGAGGAAGCAUUUGGGAGUGCUGGGGCAGGCUGGAGGGAUGCGGGAUUAGCUGCAGAGGGUGUCUCCACUUGUCCCCACCACCUCCAGCUGGAGCACAGGGCUAUUUUGCAGAAGUGUCCCCAAAGUGGCUGCAGAAGACCUGUCCCCCCAUGGCAGCUCUGGGUCUGCCUUUGGUGCAACCCUGUCCUGCACGUGGGACCAGGUGGGUGACAUGAGGUUCCGGUGAGGGCAUCUCCCUGUGUCCCUGCUGUGACAAACAUCACAAGCACAACAGGACUGAAAGUGCCCAAACCCCUGCCUAAUGUUCCCACUAGUGAAGUACCAAGUGGCUGGUGCUGCUCGCAGCAGCAGGAGAGGUAGCUGGACACGGGCUGCAGGGAGGGACAUGGUUAUGACAGGCAGCCGGGACACAGCCUGGCCGAGGUCAAGUCCCACUCAUCUCAUUUUGCCACUGGGACUGAGCUGAGGCAGGAUGCUGCACUGGGACCAUCCUUCCUGAGCACCAGCAGAGGCAGCCCCACCAUGUGGAGCAGCAUCCCGGACAUGGGAUGGACUGGGAGAUGACCAUGAAGACCAGCAGCCUGGGUUCUAUUUGGGGGCCCCGCAGUCCCUCUCCUGGUCGUGGCUGGGGGCUGAGGCGUGGGCCAGCAGCACCCUUCCUGCCUGCUGCUCCAAGCAGGGCAUGUCUGACAGCACCCACUUACGCCAGCUCCCUGCAGGGUGCAGGUGACCCACCAGCACCCUGCAUCCCUCACUUCCUCGCGUCCCUGCCUGCUCACAUUAUUUAGCCCCUCCUUAGGGCUGGUCUUCUUUCAAGCACUUUAUACGCCUUAAGUAGUGCCGGGCUGCCCUGGUGGGAGGUCCUCUGCCACGCAGAAGUGCUCCCACCUCCCUUCUGUGCCCUUGGCUCACUCUGUUUCAUCCUGCUGUUGGGUCUGACCCGGUUUGUUUUGCCUGGAGAAGCGCUAACGCUCUCGCCCCCUUCCCCACCACCGCGCAGCGCCUGUGCCAGGGUGGCAGCCUCCUUUCGGGCAGGUACUGCAGGUUCUUAAUAAAUCUUUUUACCAGGAA